CUGCGAUAGUUCACGUGUGUCACUGUCCUUUUUUCUCAUCUUGAGCUCUCAGCGAUAUAACGGCAGGAGAGGAGCCAGCUGUCCGAGGCUGCGGGAUCUGUCCUACAUCUCGUUUUAUGAUGAUUGCCGCGGCGUUUUUGGUCCUGUUACGGCCCUACAGUAUUCAGUGUGUGCUGCUAUUGCUGUUGCUUUUGCUCGGGACUAUAGCGACUAUUUUAUUUUUCUGCUGCUGGCAUCGCAGGCUUCGUAAUGGAAAACAUCCAAUAAAAUCUGUGCUCUCCGGACGCAGCAAGAGCCGCGUUGGCCUCCGAACACAUCAUUUUCGAUCAGAGGGCUUCAGGCACAGUCCACGUCAUGCAAGAAGGACCAUACAUACUCGAGUGACGGAGGAAAAGCCAAAUCUGGUCGAGAUUCCUGAGAGUGAACCUGAUUCAUCAUCGAGUAUAAGAAAACGCAAAGUGAAGAAGAGAGUGCUGCCAGAAUUUUACCAGUCUGUACAAGUCACGCCCACACGCAAACCUAGCUCCAGUUCGGGGAACCCUUCCCUACACGGCUCCAUGUCUUCCUCGGCGGAUUUCUCGGACGAGGAUGAUUACAGUGUGAAAUCUGGGUCGGCAUCACCUGCACCCGGGGACACUUUACCGUGGAACCUGCCCAGACAUGAGCGGUCCAAGAGGAAAAUCCAGGGAGGAUCCGUGCUGGAUCCGGCGGAGAGAGCCGUGCUCAGGAUCGCAGAUGAAAGAGACAGGGUGCAGAAGAAGACAUUUACAAAAUGGAUAAAUCAGCACCUGAUGAAGGUACGGAAGCAUAUAAAUGACCUAUAUGAAGACUUACGAGAUGGACAUAACCUGAUCUCCCUGCUGGAGGUUUUGUCUGGGGAUACAUUGCCUCGGGAGAGAGGAAGGAUGCGCUUCCACAGACUCCAGAAUGUACAAAUAGCACUGGAUUACUUAAAGAGGCGGCAGGUCAAACUUGUAAAUAUCAGGAAUGACGACAUCACAGAUGGUAACCCAAAACUGACCCUGGGAUUAAUCUGGACCAUAAUUCUGCACUUUCAGAUCUCGGAGAUCCACGUGACAGGGGAGUCCGAGGACAUGACAGCCAAGGAGAGGCUGCUGCUCUGGUCCAAGCAGAUAACAGAGGGCUAUGUUGGCGUACGAUGUGAUAACUUCACAACAUCCUGGAGGGAUGGCCGGCUAUUUAACGCCAUCAUUCAUAAAUACAGGCCAGACAUGGUUGACAUGAGCCGUGUGUCGACACAGACCAACCGAUCAAAUUUAGAGCACGCGUUUUGUUUAGCUGAACAGCUGGGGGUGGCCAGGCUGCUGGACCCAGAGGACGUAGACGUUCAGUCCCCUGAUGAAAAAUCAGUCAUCACAUACGUCUCAACACUGUAUGAUGCCUUCCCCAAAGUACCCGAUGGUGUUGAUGGAAUCAGUCCUAAUGAUGUUGAUAUCAAAUGGGUGGAGUACCAGAACAUGAUCAAAUACCUCAGCCAGUGGAUCAAACACAACGUGGCCAUAAUGUCAGAUAGAUCAUUCCCCAACAAUCCAGUGGAACUCAAGGCACUUUAUACACAGUAUCUGCAGUUCAAAGAACAUGAAAUCCCGCUGAAAGAGAACGAGAAGACGAAAAUCAAGAACCUCUAUAAAAUGCUUGAGAUGUGGAUCGAGUUUGGACGCAUUCAGUUACCCCAGGGUCAUCACCCUAAUGAUGUGGAGAAGGAAUGGGGUAAAUUAAUUGUUGCCAUGCUGGAAAGAGAGAAGAGCCUGAGGCCUGAGGUGGAACGGCUUGAAACGUUGCAGCAGAUUGCCAACCGGGUCCAGCGGGACUGUGUUAACGGAGAGGACAAGCUGGCAUUGGCAGGAACUGCCCUGCAGUCUGAUGCAAAACGUCUUGAGUCUGGUAUUCAGUUCCAACAUGAAGCUGAGAUUGCCAGCUACCUUUUCGAGUGUGAGAAUAUCAUCAGACAACAAGUGGUGGACAUCCAAAUUCUUCUGGAUGGAAAAUUCCCCUUUGCAGAUCAACUUGUCCAAAGGGUAUCAAAACUGCGAGAUGACCUCCUAUCCCUGAGAGCCGAGUUUUCUUCUGUGUACAGCAAAAGCCGCACCCUGACAACAGAGGAAACCAAAAUGAUGAUCUCAGGCAUCACACAAAGCCUGAACCCUGGCUUCUCACAGAACAUCAGCACAAGCCUGACACCAGCCCUUACUCCAGCACUCACCCCAGGGGGGUUAGGCACCCCUGGGUCCACAUUCACAUCCAGCCUUACACCGUGCCUGACCCCGUCCGUGACCCCUGCCUUGACCCCCGGUCUGCAGCCAGCUUCAGUCCAGAGCUACAUGGGGAGUGGUGGCGGCAUGGACCCAGGCAGCCUCAGGCAUUUGAAACACAUGCAGAUCCGCAAGCCCUUAAUGAAAUCCUCACUGGCAGACUCCAACAUGACAGAAGAGGAGGUCAACAUGAAAUUUGUUCAGGACCUCCUGUACUGGGUGGAAGAGAUGCAGUUGCAGCUGGAUCGUUCAGAGUGGGGAUCUGAUUUGCCAAGUGUGGAAAUGCAUUUAGAGAACCACAAAACUGUACAUAGAGCCAUUGAAGAAUUUCAGAUGAGUCUUAAAGAUGCCAAACUGAGUGAGAUUCAGAUGAACAUGCCCCUGAAACUAACUUAUUCAGACAAACUGAACAAACUAGAAAAGCAGUAUGAAACGCUAUUGAGCUGUUCAAGAGAGCGGCAAAGCCACCUGGAAAGCCUGCAUGACUUUGUGUCACAGGCGACUCAGGAGCUCAUCUGGCUGAACGAGAAGGAGGAAGAGGAGGUUGCCUUCGACUGGAGUGAUCGCAACAGCAACAUCUCGAAGAAAAGAGACUACCAUGCUGACCUGAUGAGGGAGCUGGAUGAAAAGGAGGAAGUGAUCAAGUCUGUGCAGGACAAGGCAGAGCGCCUAAUGCUCAAGAACCACCCAGCCAGGCUCACUAUUGAAGCAUACAGAGCUGCCAUGCAGACGCAGUGGAGCUGGAUUUUACAGCUCUGCUCAUGUGUAGAACAGCAUCUCAAGGAGAAUGUUGUGUAUUUUGAGUUUUUCAGUGAUGCUAAAGAGUCCAUGGACUACCUUAAGAGCCUGCAAGAUGCCAUUCAAAGAAAAUACAGCUGUGAUCGAACAAGCAGCCUACACAGACUGGAGGACCUAAUUCAGGAGUCCAUGGAUGAGAAAGAGCAGCUUCUUCAGUACCGCAGCACUGUAGCUGGGUUAGUGGGCAGGGCAAAGAAUAUCGUGCAGCUCAGGCCCAGGAACCCUGAAAGCCCUGUGAGAUCCUCCAUCCCUGUUAAAGCCAUCUGCGAUUAUCGUCAGAUAGAGAUUACCAUUUAUAAAGAUGAUGAGUGCGUAUUGGCCAAUAACUCUCACCGGGCCAAGUGGAAAAUCAUCAACCCAUCAGGGAAUGAGGCCAUGGUGCCCUCUGUCUGUUUCACUGUGCCUCCACCCAACAAAGAGGCUGUUGAUAUGGCUACAAAAACUGAGCAGUUAUACCAGAAUGUCCUGGCACUGUGGCACCACUCCCACAUCAACAUGAAGAGUGUGGUGUCUUGGCAUUAUCUAAUGGCUGAUAUACGAGCCAUCCGCAACUGGAAUGUGGCCUCAAUAAAGACCAUGUUACCAGGUGAGCAUCAGCAGGUCUUGAGCAAUCUGCAGUCCCACUUGGACGAGUUCUUGGAAGACAGCGAAGAAUCCGAGGUGUUCACAGUGGCAGACUGUGCCCAGCUAGAGAGAGACGUUGCGGCCUGCAAGGAGUACUACCAGGAACUGCUCAGAUCUGCAGAAAGAGAGGAACACGAGGAGUCGGUGUACAAUCAUUACAUCUCAGAAAUACGCAACUUCCGGAUGCAUCUGGAGGCCCAUGAAGAACACCUGAUCAGGCAACUCCGCACACCGCUGGAGAGAGACGACCUGGAGCAGAGUCUGCAGCGCAUCACUGAACAUGAGAAGAAGACAGCGGAGCUGAACAAAUUGAAGGAGGACCUUGACGCUAUGAAGGAGAAAUGUGAGCUGUUCCUCAGGCAGGCUGCAGGUUCUCCAUCUGUGCCAACGCUUUCCUCUGAACUCACUGUCCUCGUUCAGAACAUGAGCCAAGUGUACUCCAUGUCUUCCAUUUAUAUGGACAAACUGAAAACAGUGAGCUUAGUGGUGAAGCACAGCCAGAGUGCAGAGGGGCUCGUUAAGGCCUACGAAUCCAAACUCUACGAGGAAGAUGCUAUGAACUCUGAUGUCAAGUCCAUUGAGACUGUCAUAUCAACACUUAAGCAAUGGCGGACAGAGAUCGAUGAGAAGCAGGAGGUGUUCCAUGACAUGGAGGAUGAGCUGCAGAAAGCACGAGUCAUCAGUGACCGCAUGUUUAAGGCACAUAACGAACGUGACUUUGACCUCGACUGGCACAAGGAGAAAGCUGAUCAGCUGAGUGAGAGAUGGCAGAACAUUCACUCGCAGAUCGAUGGCAGGCUUCGGGACUUGGAAGGUAUCAACAAAUCUCUGAAACACUACAGAGACUCCUACAGUAGUCUUGAUGAAUGGGUCAGAGAAAUGGAAGCGGCACAGCUAAAGGCCCAAGAAAACAAACCCGAAGACAGCAAGGCACUGGCUGAGCUGUUGAACAAACAGAAGGUCCUUGUUGCUGAAAUUGAACAAAAACAGAACAGAAUUGACGAGUGUCAGAAGUACUCAGAGCAGUACUCUUCUGCCAUUAAGGAUUAUGAACUUCAGCUGAUGACGUUCAGAGCGAUGGUUGACUCCCAACACAAAUCCCCUCUCAAGAAACGGAGGAUGCAGAGCUCUUCUGAUGCCAUUCAGCAGGAGUUUAUGGAUCUCCGAACCCGCUACACUGCUCUUGUGACUCUCAUGACACAGUAUGUGAAGUUUGCCAGUGAAACACUGAAGAGAACUGAAGACGAGGAGAGAUCUGUUGAUGAGGAGAAGAGAGAGCAUGGUGAUAAAGUUAGCAAGCUAUUGCAUUGGAUGUCCAAUGUGAAACAGACCCCAAACAAUGAUGAGAAUGCUCUGAAAGAUAGCAAUGCCAACACAGACGCUUCUAAUAAGCCCCAGGUGUCAGUCGAGGAAAUGGUAACUAAAAAGGAACAGAUUGCAGAGGCACUGAGGGCCACACAAAUGAUGCUGAACAAACACAGUGACAAAAUGACCGAAGAGGAAAGAGAAAAGGCCCAGGAGCAGCUGAAGGCACUCAAUCAGGCCUACAAUGACCUCUCCCAACAAUGUUUAGAACAGACCACCUCUGCAGAAGAGGAAAAGUCCAGUAAGUCCAGGGAUGUAGGGCUUGUGACCGGACCCAUGAGUGGCCUGAUUGCUCCCAUAACUGGAGUCACUCUCCCAGAGGCCCAACCGGUGACCUCCGUCCUCUUUCAGUCCGAGCCACUUCUCUGUCUGGACCGGGAUAAUGCUUUCAAACCAGAUCUCAGCUAUAAAUCCACACUGAACCACUUGCCAGAGUUAAAUGAAGCAAGCAAGUGCAUACAGAAUUCACAUGUCUCCUCUGUGUCGCUCUGUGACAUCGCAGCAGCUAGGGCAGAAGCCGCGUAUGAUGACAUGAUCAUCAAGAUGAUAGAGGUCAAACAAGCCAGUGAUGGACUGGAGGUGUCCUACACAGGGGACACACUGACCCUGGAGAGGGCAUUUCAGAGCGGCUUAAUACCUGCUUCUGUUUACGUAAAGAUUCUUCAGAGGCAAAAGGAUAUGAUGAAUCCCAGCACUGCUGAAGAUGUGUCACGCUUAGAGCCUGUGCCGGAGGUUGAACCUUGCGAGGUCAAUGGACUGAUAUUAAAGUGCCUCAGCAGAAAUAAAUCACUGACAUCAGGGAGGGAUAUUAACACUCUGAGGUUUUGUCAAGAGGGUUUAAGUGACCAGGAGACCAUGUCAAGGCUGUUAGGUGCUCAGGUGGAUGUAGGUGACCCCAGAGAAUGUCAACAUGCUGUUGAGGUGUCAGAGGAUGGUAUGAGUAGCAUUGGAAACCUCCAAAAUGGAGAUGGGCUGAAGGUGGAUGCAGCCGUUCAGUGUGAUUUGAUGAGAUCUAGCAGCACACUCACUGUGCUUGGAAAUCAGCAGCAGUUUAUGGGAAUAGUGUUGCCUUCCUCUGGGGAAAUCCAGACUGUGUCCACCACAGAUGAGUUUACCAGCAGACUGUUCAGUAAUCGGGGAAAAAUAGCAGCUUUUUACUUUCCAGAAAAUUCCGAGGUGGUAGACAUUACCUCUGCCACUAAAAAUUAUUUGAUUGACAGUUACACAGCAGAGUUUUUGAAAUCUAUAGACAUCCCUGAUGUGUUUCCUGAUGUUGAUCACCUUAAUGAAAAGUAUUCAUCUUGGCUUAUGUAUAAAAAACUCUCAGUUGAUGGACGCUAUCAUGCUGGAGACAGUUCAGAAAUUGAUAACAUCCCUACUCACGCAGAGGCAAAGCAGUUAUUUAUCUCCUACAUAAUGAUAAACACUUACACAGAUCCCAACUCAGGACAGCGGGUCCUAAUACUCGACAAGCAGCUGAGUAAAAUGGUUAAAAUCUUUCUUGAAGAUUCAAUAUUUUCUGAAAACACUGAGAAAAAUGUCACUUCUCUGACUUUAAAUGUUGCCGAUCUUUCAGAACAGGUAGAUUUAAAGAUCCCGCUACACAUAAAUGAGGAAACAGAAGAUUUAAUGGAAUACACACAACAUACUGGUGAUCCCAAUUUAAUUUCCUCAGGAAAUGGAAUACUUACCUCUGAUGAAAACACAUAUACAAAUGCCAGGGCUCUAAAACAGGAUCAUGUCAAUGGAUUUUUAGUAGAUAAUGACAUUGACUCGGUGACAGAUAAAAACAUGUGUCCAAACCAAACUAAUUGGACAAAGUCAGAUGAAUUUACGGAACCAAUUUGUGGAAAUAAUUUGCAAACUGAUGUUGAAGGUGCAGAUAGUGAAAGUCUUGAUAUUCCAGUGUUUUCAGUCCUUCACACUUUAUGUUCUGUGAACAGAACAAAUGUUGGCUCACCAACAAGGAUGUUUGACUCUGAGUGUUCAGUAAAAUCUUGCCGUCAAACACUGCCAUACUACGAUCCUGACUCCCUUUGUAGUGAUUCAAAAGGUACAGAUGUUACCCAAGCUGAGUUUUUAUGCUCUGAGGAUUUGGCGGAGGGUGAAAAUGAGCAAGACUAUGCUGUUCAUCUUCUGAAAGUGCAAACAGAGGAAGGGGGCAUUUUAGACAUCACCUCUGGGAGACGUUAUGACCUGGAGGCAGCUCUCAGUAAGGGCCUAGUUGAUGAAACGACGGUACUAAAACUGCUUGCCGUACAGUCAGAUGAAAAAGGAAGUGUUGUUGGUAAUGAGGAGGGCACGAUGUCUGUUUUAAAACCGGCAGUGUCAGAUGGAUCCAUAUCCUCAAACAUUGCUUUUCCUAUGGCACAGCAGAGCCUUCUGAGAUCUGGUUGCACCAUUAGUAUAAGUGAGUCAGUACAGUCCGGAUUAGUUAAAGAUGACCGUGUUGACGGUGACGGGGCCCUUAACUCAGACCCCAAAGCCUGCAUUUACCCAGAAGAGAACUGUCCUCACUCCAUCUUUGACAAAGGUUUAAUUAAUAUUAAUGAAGAUGACAACGUGCAGCAGCCGACUGAGAGGAAGGUUGCUGCCAUUGUGCUCGAUCUGACCAAUGAGGAGGCUAAUAACAAAGAGACAGAGAGUGAGAAUGCAGAUGCAGAUGUAGAUUGUGAGACAACAGGAAACGUAGAAAAGAUGAGUAAUUAUCAUCACGAGUGUCUCAUGAUCUCACCCUCCUUGUGGAGUCAGGUUGCUGCAGAGUGUGUUCAUCACAUUGACAAAUUGCCUUUACUGGCUGAAGACAGGGACUCGCAGGGUGUAAUCAGCCAGCUGACAGAUACAGCUGACUUAUCCAGAGUUAUGAUAGAAAACACUGCUCCAACUACCCAGUCGCGUCCAUCUAGUCUGAGUGACGGAACCUCCGGCAUCAGCACUGAUCCAGAAAGCCAGACUCAAUAUGCCACUUCGACUAAACACUCUAAAUCUGACACCUUGUCCUUUGAUGAUGAGUUUUUCAUGGCUGGAUAUGAUGUCCGAGUGGGAGAUCAGACAGUUAAUAAGAGUGAAUUAGACAUGUCCUCACCACAUCGCGAUGUGUUGUCUGAGGAAAGUACAAUGGAGUAUGACACGAGUGCAGUUCAGUCACCUUUGGACAGUGAGCCAACUCCAAUUAGAGAUUACUCAUCGCCCGGGGAUUUGGUGGAAAGUGCACUUAUCUCAGUUUCCAGGGGUAAUGGUAACUAUGAUGACAACAUUACAGAAGGUGGCAGCACAAUCACAUUACCUCAGCAAACUGCACUUCAGUCAGAAAGCAAUUUUAGUGUUGAAUCUGAGCCCAGCUGCUCUCAAAAUUGUCAGAGUACGCUUGUUGGUGAGCAAUCUCAACACACACCUGUUGUUUCCAGUGAAGUCAUUGCAACACAUUCUCUCAGUCUCAAUUGUUCUGAUGUAGAGGAUUCCGAGCAGUACACUUCAGCUACCGCCAGAGUUUCUCUUGAAACAGUACCGGCUGAUCGGGAUUUGUCAGGUUCAGGUCACAGUGUUACAUAUGAUGUUGAUUUAAACACAGAGGGUCUUUCCCUUGAGAGGCAACAUGGGGGCAUUUUCCCCAUGACCUGUGAUACAGAACAGAUGCAUAUGUCACAAAAUGCACAGAAAGCAGAGACAAGUGAUAAACAAAAUGCAGAUAUUGGUGGAAAGGUCUCUGCAUUAGAAAUGAACUCAGGGCAGUCUGAAACUAUAAUGGAAGUACAGUUACAAUCUAAUAUUCCACCAGAGGAGAAAAGAUUACAUGUGUGUGCUUCUGAGCAUCCCCACGUAGUUACUGAUUUCCUGUCAAACAGCUGCACUAAAUCUGAUGUUUCCUCUUUAGCUCCAUCAGUGUUUUCUAAUGCCGUAGGGACAUGUGUAGAUGACAUAGGGGAAAUUAUUACAAAAGAGAGCUAUGUCAGUGAUUUGCAAAAGGCACAAACUAUUGCUAUAGUUCAGAAUACUCCACAACCUUUAGACAAAGGCGUGGGAGACACACCUCAUGGACUCAUAGAGAGCAGUCACCCAGACCUUCUCAUGGAUUUGCUGAAGCAAAAUGCCCUCAGUUUAAACAACAAAGACGAAGGGAACUCAGAACUGAUACUGCAGGAAGAGAAAGUCAAUGAAAAGACAGAACAGUCCAAUGCUCCAAAUAUCCAGCUGCAGCUGCUGCAGGUUCUUAAGACCGUUUCCUCAAGCCAAGACUUUUCAGUGCUUCAGGAAGUGAUGGACACUCUGAGCUCUGCUCUGGGCGGGGACCCUCAGGAGGAGCGGCGGCACAUACUAGAGAGCAUCAGGGAGGAGAGCUCAGAGGAAGAAGAUGAGGGGUCAGCAGAUGAUGACUUGGGUCACUCUUCUGCAGGCAGUCACCGAACAUCUGCUCAGUUGUCUGCCAACUCAGUGGCCUGCAAAAUUGAGGAGGUCAAAAAUAAGCUGUUCUCCAUCCAGGAUUAUUUGGAGUGCGUUGGGAGGCUGCAGGAUCACGCUGAUGUUUUAGAUGAUGUCAGAAAAGACCUUUUAAUCCAGGCACCCAUGGGCAACAUCAUGGAAGAACUGCAUCUCCAAAUAGAGGAAUGUCAGUCUCUGGAGUCUCAACUCUCUAGACUGACUGGUGUUCUGACGGCAGAUAUGGAGAAAGCCAAACAGCUCUUAAGUUCUGCCAGUGAGGGCAUUCCCAUACAAAUCCACCAAGACUUGGCCUCGACUUAUAUGGAGUUGGGGCCAAAUUUCACUGCUGUUUCCCAAAUGUGUGCAGAAAGGAGUCACUCCCUAAUUCAAGCAAUGGAAGCGGGAAAGGUACAUUUGGAAUCAACGUACCAGAAACAUCUUAGUGAUCUUGAUGAACUAGCGGGCCUCGUCCAAAACACCUCUGAGAUGUGUGCCGUGGAUUUUAACAUGUGCGAUGUGGACACACUGAAACAUUUGAUUCAGCAGAACAAGGACACGGAGAGAAAUCUGCUUAAAGAAGCCAGACUCAAGUUAGAGGAUGUCACGUUUGAUAUCCAGUGCUUUAUAUCUGAGCACGCUCAGUUCCUGAGUCCAGCUCAGAGCAGCUACCUCCUCAAGUUCCUCAGCACCACUCAGCGAGCACUCAGGGACCAGACAGAGAAACUUGUUACCCAGAGGAGCGCCUUAGAUGUCCUGCUGGACACCAGGGAAAGGGAGAACCAGCAGAAGUCUUUACUGGAGAAACACAAGGAGUUUACAGAGAAGUUGGAGGAAGUGUGUGAUAAUCUCACCUUGACAGAAAACCACCUGAUUGGUCAUCAGCAACAGGCCGAAAAUGCUAAGCGUGUCACGGACCUGCAGCAGUACCAGCAGGAGCAUCAGGCUCUGCAGAAAGAUGUAUUGACAAACGCCAGUGCCUUGAAUGAGGUCAUCACCAGCACUAAAAAGUUUCUGGAGGAAAACCGGAGCAAGCUGACACCAGACCAAAUCGCCAUCAUUGAGAGCAAAUUGGAAGAGGCUAAGAGCAAAGCCAAGCUCAUCAACCAGCGGGCAGAGGAGUCCAGGAAAGAUCUGGAGAAGGUCGUUACCACAGCCAUAAAACAGGAGAGUGAAAAGGCAGCAGCUGUUGAGCGGCUUGAAGAAAGUAAGAACAAAAUCGAAGGUCUCCUGGACUGGAUAUCCAACAUAGGGAAUGAAAAUGAGAGUCUGGAUGAAACUGACCGUACAAGUAAAGAGAAUGGAAACCUGCCAGAAGAAACCUCGGAGAAGGGACUGAUAGGAGAGGAGGACGAUGCCAAUGGAAAUGCUUUUCAGACCACUGAAAAGGAUUUUGGCAGAGAGACCGGUGGCAAGAGCGACGCCUCCCUGGACCUCGAUAAGCAAUAUGACAGGGUCAAGGCCCGCCAUCAGGAGAUCCUGUCCCAGCAGCAGGAUCUCAUCAUGGCCACCCAAUCAGCUCAGGCUCUGCUCGACAAGCAGGCCGACGUGCUGUCUCCAGAGGAGAAGGAGAAACUGCAGAAGAACAUCCAGGAGCUGAAGGGACGCUACGAGGCCUCGCUGACGCAGGCUGAACAGCAGAUGAAGCAGGUGCAGUGUGUUCAGGAGGAGCUGAAAAAGUUCCAGCAUGACUGUAAGGAGUUUGAGGGCUGGUUAGACCAGGCGGAGGGAGACGUGGAGGAGCUAGGAGCUCCUGCAGGCUCUCUCAAUAUCCUCAGUGACAAACUCCAGCGACAGAAAAGCUUCUCAGAAGAUGUGAUCUCUCACAAAGGGGACCUUCGCUUCAUCACCAUUUCAGGACAGAAAGUGCUGGACGUGGCUAAAGCCUGCGCAUUAGAUGACCCUGCAGCUAAGAAUGCUCCACUGCACGUGGAUACUUCAGGAACCUGUUCGGCUGUCAAGAAUAAGUUGGACUCAGCAGCCACCCGAUACAAAACACUAUAUUCACAGUGCAACCAGCUUGGCAACAACCUCAAAGAUGUGGUUGACAAAUACAAGAAAUAUGACGACUCGAGCGCUGGUCUUUUGAAGUGGCUCAACAGCUCAGAGGAGGAGGCCAGAAAGCAGCAAUCAGAGGCCAUAGCAGCUGAUCCACAAACACUACAGAAACAGCUGGAGGAGACCAAGGCCCUCCAAGGUCAGAUGACGGGCCAUCAGACUGCUGUUGACACACUACGCAAAACAGCCGAAUCUUUGGUAACAUCUGAAGGAGACCUGCUGAGCAACCCCGACGAGAUCCAGGAGACAGUAGAUGACAUAGUUGAGCGCUAUGACAACCUGUCCAAGUCUGUAAGUGAUAGAAAUGAGAAACUGCAGAUCACCCUGACUCGCUCCAUGAGUGUCCAGGAUGGUUUGGAUGAGAUGAUGGGAUGGAUGGAGGGAGUGGAGGCCAGCGUGAAAGAGAAAGAACAAAUUCCCCUGGACUCUGCAUCCAUUGGAGAUAUCCUCAGCAAAGAAGCAGCAUUAGAGCAGGACAUAGCAAGUCGGCAGAGCAGCAUCUCAGCCAUGAAAGCCAAGGUGAAGAAGUUUGUGGAGACGGCAGAUCCCUCUGCUGCUGCCCUGCUGCAGUCUAAGAUGGAUGCUCUCUCCCAGCGCUUCUCUAAUGCCUGUGACAAACAUAAGCAAAAAGUUUCCCAACUGGAGCAGCUGAAGGAAAAGGUGGAACAGUUUGAUGAGGUCGCAGGCAAAUUUCAGCAGUUUGUUGUGAAGUGUUCACAAGAACUACAUGAGACAGACGGGCCAGGGAAGACUUUCAAUGAAUUGUCUGAGCUAAUGAAGAAUACUAAAGCUGAGAUGGCUGAACAUGCCAGUGAUCUGGAGAAGCUGCAGACUCUGUCCAAGGAGCUGUCUGAAAUAAGCCCUGAUGGAAACAAAGCGCCAAUCCAGAGCAAGAUGGACAAUCUCUCAAAUAUUUUCAGCACCUUAAAAGACUCUGUUAAAGAAAAGGAAGAGGAGGUAUCAUCCUGUCAGGACCAGCUGGGAGAGUUCAGAUCUGCAGCUAGCGCUCUCACCAAGUGGCUGGAGCAGACCAAUGAGAAAGUACCUGCGGUUCAGACAAGCAGCAGUGAGAAAAGUCUGGAGAAGGACCUGCAGAUAGUUACUGUUUUAUUAGAUGAAUGGACAUCCAAAGGCCCUGUUGUCCAAGACCUGAACAGUAAAGGAUCAGCACUCUGCAGCCUCAUCACUUGCCUCACAUCCCCUGCCAAGACAAAGACCCCUAAAAAGUCAGCUCUUACUAAUGGUGGUGCUCCAGGGAGCCAUUCCUACCUAACCAAUAAAGAGCUGAUGGUAAUUCAGCAGAACAUGUCAUUCGUCAACGAGGGAUACGCGCGCCUGGGGGAAACGCUGAAGAGUCGAGCAGCAGAGCUGAGUAGUUUGGUGCAUGAGGUCAAAGAGGCCCAAAAGGAGACGGAGGACAUGAUGAAGUGGCUGAAGGACAUGAAAAAGACUGCAGCAUCCUGGAACAAUGCGGCCACAGAGAAAGAUUCAGUGAAAACACAGCUGGAACAGCAGAAGACAUUUGAGGACGGCAUGAAGCAAAAGCAGGAGCAGCUCCAGAAGCUCAGAGAGAAGCUCCUCAACUUGAUUAAGACUCAUCCAAAUUCCCCCGAGGCAGCAAAAUGGAAGCAGAUGCUGGCAGAAAUAGAUGCUGCUUGGGCGGAUAUUAGCGGUUCUGUAGAGGAGAGGAAGCAGCACCUGGAGCAGUCCAACAAGAAUCUGGACAUCUUCCAAACAACUGAGCUGCAGCUUGGUCAGUGGCUUUCAGAGAAAGAGCUAAUGAUGAGUGUCCUUGGACCCCUCUCCAUAGACCCCAACAUGCUUAAAAUGCAGAAGCAGCAAGUUCAGAUCCUCCAGAAUGAAUUUAAGAGCCGUAAACCUCAAUAUGAGCAACUUGAGGAAGCUGCCUCUGCCAUCCUGAGCUCCUCGGGCAACCAGGACCCCUCAAAUGGGAAGCUGGUGAGGGAGCAGCUCGCUGCCGUCACCCAGAAGUGGCAAGGCCUCACGGGACAGCUGGACCAGAGAGACAGCCUCAUCGACCAGGCUGUGGUGAAGACAGGGCAGUUCCAGGAGUUACUGAGGAGUAUCAGUCAGACUGCCACCGAGCUGGAGAAUCAGCUCACCAACCACCAGGGCCACAGCACCCAGCCCGAUGCUGUGAAGAAGCAGUUGGAGGAUGUCCAUAACAUCUCAACCCAGCUGAGAGAGGAGAGGAAGAAGCUGAAGGAGGCUGAGGUCAUCAACGCAGAACUCACAGCUAUGGUGACUGAGGACUAUCUCAAAGCAGACUUAGCCAGGCAGCUGGAGAGUGUCAGCAAGCCUUUCAAACAGCUGGAAGAGAAAGCAGCAAAACGGAUUGAGCAGCUCAGCUCAACUUUUGCCAGCUCUCAGCAGUUCCAUCAGACCUCCAAAGACUUUCAGUCAUGGCUGGGUGAGAAGCUCCAGGACCAGUCUAAGCCCCAGCCCAUCUCUUCCAAAGUUGACGUUCUGCAACAAGCCCUGGAGGAGCACAGUAAACUCCAGAAGGCUCUCAGUGAACAUAAGGAAGCUUACAGCACAAUCAUUGGGGAAGGGGAGAUGCUUCUGCAUAACACUGAUGGUGCAGAAAAGUUGGCACUACAAGGGCAGCUUACUACACUCUCUUCCAACUGGGAGGAGGUGAAGAAGAGCUCCAUGGAACAGGUCGACAAACUCCAGACUGCCUUGCAGAGAUCUCUGAAGUAUCAGGAGCAUGCAGAAAAGCUCAGCUCCUGGAUUCAAGAGUGUGAGGCCAGCGAGGGCCAAGUCAAACUCACUGUUGAUCCGGUUGCUGUGGAGAGCACCAUUUCUCAGGUGAAAGCUCUCCAGAAGGAUGUCGACAAGCACAGAGGGAUGGUGGAGCAGCUCAAUGCGGCUGCAGAUAGCCUUCUUGAGGUGGCCAACAUGGACACUGAAGGCGUCAAAGAGGAGAAGGCUAGCAUUGGUAAAAGAGUGGACAAUGUAAUGGAUGGCCUGCAAAACAAACGGGAGUGCCUGGAAAAGAUCUCACACACAGUUAAAGAAUUUAAUGAUGCCUAUAAAGAAGCAAAGAGUCAGAUUGAGGCGGCUAAGAAGCAGGUGGAUACCUAUGAAUCACAGGGAGUUCAGGCACACAGCAACAAGAACCUGACCAAUAUGAAAGCCCAACAGAAGAGUUUAGAGGGAGUCCAGAACCAAGUGGAGCACCUGAAGAACCUGGCCAGGGGCCUUGUGUUGGAUGUCCCAGAUGCUGAUGGGGUGACAGACCUCUUACUGCAGGCUGACAGCGUAGAAAAGGACUACAGCACCCUUAGCAAGACAGUUGAGGAGACGUGCCAAGUCUUGGAGGGUAAACUGCAGGGCAUUGGGCAGUUCCAAAACAGCAUCCGAGAUAUGUUCACCCGGUUCACAGACCUGGACGAUGAACUGGACAGCAUGGCUCCUGUGGAUCUUCACUUGGCCACUCUUAAAGAACAGCAGGACAGCAUUCAGAGUUUUGUGGCCAAGCUGCAAGAGCUGAUGGCCAACACGGCCAAUGCUGGAGACAGCUGUAGGAAGAUGCUAGAGACUGAGACCUCACCUGACCUGUUAGGCCUGAAGAGAGAUCUGGAAGCUCUGAGUAAGCAGUGUGGUAAACUGUUGGACAGGGCUAAAGGCAGAGAGGUGCAGGUGCAGAGUACUCUCACCAAACUUGAGGAGUUGUACAGUAAACUCCACCAUGCGGAAGACAAACUUCGUAGAGCCGUGGACAAGGAGGCGUCCCAGGAGGCAGUUGGCAUGGAGACGGACAUCAUCAACCAACAACUGGAGGCCUUUAAGGCUUUCCAGAAAGAGGACAUUGAUCCAUUGCAGACGCAGCUUCAAGACAUCAACUCCCUCGGCCAGGGCCUGAUCCAAACCGCUGCCAAAGGCGCCAGCACCAAGAAGCUUGACGAUGACCUGGAGGAGGUCAACACAAAGUGGAAUACCCUCAAUAAAAAGAUUGCUGAGCGUUCAGCCCAGCUGCACGAAGCCCUGUUGCAUUGUGGGAGGUUCCAGGAUGCUCUGGAGUCACUGCUCAGCUGGUUGACUGACACGGAGGAGCUUAUGGCCAAUCAAAAACCUCCGUCUGCGGAGUUUAAAGUGGUCAAGGCACAGAUACAAGAGCAGAAACUUUUACAGAGACUGCUGGAUGACCGAAAGCCAACAGUGGAGCUGAUAAAAAAAGAGGGAGGGAAGGUUGCGGAACUGGCAGAGUCUGUGGAUAAGGAGAAGGUUGCAAAAGAGAUCGAAUGCCUGGGCCAGAGGUGGGACGCUCUGCUCAAGAGGGCUGAAAACAGGCACAAGCAACUGGAGAGCAUCUUAGUGGUCACUCAGCAGUUCCAUGAGACCCUAGAACCCCUGAGCGAGUGGCUCGCAGCCACAGAGAAACAGCUAGCCAACUCCGAACCCAUCGGCACUGAGACGUCUAAGUUGGAAGAUCAAAUCUCUCAGCAUAAGGCCUUAGAGGAGGAGAUUAUGAAUCACAGUAAAGACCUGUUUCAGGCCGUCAGUCUGGGUCAGAUGCUCAGAACUGUGAGCUCAGUGGACGAUAAGGAGUUUGUUCAGUCCAAACUGGACGCCACCCAGGCCAGUUACAUAGAGCUCCAGGAGCGAUGCAGGAGGAAAGCCGAGAUGCUGCAGCAAGCUCUGGCAAACGCCCAGCUGUUUGGAGAAGAUGAAGUGGCGCUCAUGAACUGGCUCAACGAGGCACACACGAGGCUGAGUGAAGUGUCCGUGGAAAACUACAGAAUAGAUGUUCUUGAAAAGCAGCUGGCAGAACAAUGGACACUACAAAGUGAUAUUGAGCUGAGGAAGAAGAAUGUUGACCAAGCCAUCUGUAAUGGGAUGGAGCUUCUGAAGCAAACAACAGGUGAUGAGGUGGUUGUUAUCCAAGGCAAACUGGACGGAAUAAAAACAAAGUACGCUGAGAUCAACACAAUGAGUGACAACGUUUUGAAGACAUUGGAGCGGGUUUUGAGUCUCUCUACUAAGCUGCAGAACACCCAUGAGGAUCUGAGCUCCUGGCUCGAGAAAGUCGAGACUCAGACCAGCGCUUUUGCUGAUCAAGAGCUGGUGGGCGAGCAGCUCCUUCAAGCACAAAACAGACAGAAGGCCUUGUUGAAGGAGACCAAAGACCAAAAACCUGUGAUGGACAAGCUGAAUGAGUUGAGCAGUUCUCUCCUGGAUCUGAUCCCCUGGCACACUCGCGAGGGUCUGGACAAGCUGGUGACUGAGGACAAUGAGCGGUACAGAGCAGUCCGCGACACCAUCACCCAGCAGGUCGAUCAGAUCAACGCCGAUAUACUCAAGUCACAGCAGUUUGAACAGGCUGCAGACACUGAACUCUCUUGGCUGACUGAAGCUGAGAGGAAGUUGCUGUCGAUGGGCGAGAUCAGGCUGGAGCAGGACCAAACCACAGCCCAGCUCCAAGCACAGAAGAUCUUCUCCAUGGACAUCAUGAGGCACAAAGAUGCUGUGGAUGAUAUUGUGAAAACAAGAAAGGCCAUCAUGAACAGCAAAACCCCGGAGGAGAAAGAAAUCUUGAAGGCCAAGACCCAGACUCUCUUGGAGAAGUACGGCAUCGUCAGUCAGCUGAACUCAGAGCGCUGUCUGCAGCUGGAGCGAGCCCAGUCUCUGGCCAACCAGUUCUGGGAGACCUAUGAGGAGAUGUGGCCGUGGCUUCAGGAAACCCUGAGCACCUUCAGCCAGCUGCCUCCACCUGCCAUCGAGUAUGAAACACUCAGGCAGCAGCAAGAGGAACUCAGGCAAAUGCGAGAGCUGAUUGCCGAGCACAAGCCCCACAUCGACAAGAUGAACAAGACCGGCCCUCAGUUACUUGAACUCAGCCCAGUGGAGGGAGCGCCCAUCAGAGAGAAGUACACAGCUGCAGACCAACUUUACACCCAACUCAAGGCUGAUGUCAAGCAGAGAGCUGCCACUCUGGAUGAGGCCAUCUCCAAAUCCACCCAGUUCCAUGAUAAAAUUGACCCGAUGCUGGAAUCCCUGGAACGGAUCGCUGAACGCCUGCGCCAGCCUCCGUCCAUCUCAGUGGAGGUGGACAAGAUCAAGGAGCAGAUUACUGAAAAUAAGGCCGUCUCUGUGGAUUUGGAGAAACUGCAGCCCUCUUAUGAGACACUGAGGCAGCGAGGCGAAGAGAUGAUCGCACGAUCGGAAGGAGCAGACAAGGACAUAUCUGCCAAAGCUGUACAAGACAAGCUGGACCAUAUGGUGUUCCUCUGGAGCGACAUCCAGGCCUUACUGGAGGAGCGGGAGGCGAAGCUGCUGGAUGUGAUGGACCUGGCAGACAAGUUCUGGUGCGAUCACUGCGCUCUCAUCGUCACCAUCAAAGACAGCCAGGACCUGCUGAGAGAGCUGGAGGAGCCCGGAGUUGAUCCUUCAGUCGUCAAACAGCAGCAGGAGUUUGUGGAGGGAUUUAAGGAGGAGAUUGAUGGACUGCAGGAAGAGCUUGAUGUGGUUCAAAACCAGGGAGCAGAGCUUAUGACUGCCUGCGGGGAACCUGAUAAACCUGUGAUAAAGAAGAGCAUUGAUGAGGUGAAUUUGGCGUGGGAAAAUCUCAAUAAGACUUGGAAGGAGAGAGUGGAGAGACUGGAAGAGGCCAUGCAGGCUGCUGUGCAGUUUCAGGAUGGCUUGCAGGGUAUGUUUGACUGGGUGGAUAUUCUGGAGAGCAAACUGGAUUCAAUGUCACCUGUAGGCACAGACCUGGAAACUGUCAAGCAGCAGAUUGUAGAGCUCAAGGAGUUCAAAGUAGAGGCGUACCAGCUGCAGAUUGAGAUGGAGCGCCUGAACCACCAGGCGGGCCUCCUGCUGAAGAAGGUGACGGAGGAGGCUGAUUGCUGCGCCAUCAAGGAGCCAAUGUCCGAGCUCAAGAUGCUCUGGGACAACCUGGAUGAGAAGAUCAUCAGCCGACAGCACAAACUGGAGGGAGGCCUCCUGGCACUGGGCCAGUUCCAGCACGCACUGGACGAGCUGCUGGCCUGGAUGAGCCACACUGAGGAGCUGCUCAACGAGCAGAGGAAGGCCGGAGGAGACCCCAAAGCCAUCGAGAUAGAGCUCGCCAAGCAUCAUGUCCUCCAAAAUGAUGUGUUGGCUCAUAAGGCGACAGUUGAGACGGUCAAUAAGGCCGGUAGUGACCUGGUGGAGUCCAGCGCUGGUGAGGAAGCUUCUAGUCUGAAGAGCAAAUUGGAGAACCUGAACCAGCGGUGGAAAGCCAUACUGGAGCAGACGGCGCAGAGGAAGCAACAACUGGAGGGAGCUCUGCUUCAGGCCCAAGGUUUCCAUGGUGAGAUAGAAGAUAUGCAGCAAUGGCUGAAAGACACAGAACGUCAGCUGUUGGCAUCAAAGGCUGUGGGAGGCUUACCAGACACGGCCCGGGAGCAGCUUAACGCCCAUCUGGAGUUGUGUUCUGCCUUGGAGGUGAAGGAGGAGCUGUACCAGGAGCUGCUGAACAAGGGUCACCAGCUGCUCACCAUGACACCCGAGGGUCCGGACAGCAACACAGAGCAGGACCUCGCCAACCUGAAGGACAAAUGGGAAGCGGUGCAGGGGAAGGUCGCUGAAAGAAAGGUGAAACUAGAAGAGGCCUUGACACUGGCCACGGAUUUCCACAACUCCCUGCAGGACUUCAUCAACUGGUUGACCCAAGCGGAGCAGACGCUGAACAUGGUUUCCUCUGCCUCCCUCAUACUGGAGACCAUCAUGUUUCAGAUUGACGAGCAUAAGGUGUUUGUGACGGAGGUGAACUCACACAGGGACCACAUCAUUGAACUGGACAAGACAGGAACACACUUGAAGUACUUCAGCCAGAAACAGGAUGUGGUCCUGAUCAAGAACCUGCUGCUCAGCGUGCAAGGCCGCUGGGAGAAGCUGGUGCAGCGGUCUGUUGAGCGAGGUCGCCUGCUGGACGACGCCAGGAAGAGGGCGAAACAGUUCCACGAAACUUGGAAUAAACUGAUGGAGUGGUUGGACGAAUCUGAGAAGACUCUGGACUCAGAAGUGGAAAUUGCCAAUGAUCCGGGCAAAAUCAAGAUGCAGCUGGCGCAGCACAAGGAGUUCCAAAAGGCUCUGGGCAGCAAACACUCAGUAUAUGACACCACGUCUCGAACAGGGCGGGCCCUGAAAGACAAGACCUCCCUUCAGGAUGAUAACCAGAAGCUGGACGACAUGCUGAGUGAACUGAGGGAUAAAUGGGACACUGUUUGUGGCAAGUCAAUAGAAAGACAAAACAAACUCGAGGAGGCCCUGCUGUUCUCCGGCCAGUUUACAGACGCUCUCCAGGCUCUCAUUGACUGGCUGUACAGAGUGGAACCUCAGAUGGCUGAGGACCAGCCUGUACAUGGAGACAUAGACUUGGUUCUCAACCUCAUAGACACCCACAAGGUUUUCCAGAAGGAGCUGGGAAAAAGGACAGUGAGCGUUCAGGCCCUCAAACGUUCAGCCAGGGAGCUGAUUGAGAGCAGCCACGAUGACUCGUCCUGGGUCAAAGCCCAGAUGCAGGAGCUGAGCACUCGCUGGGAGACGGUGUGCAACCUCUCGGUGUCCAAACAAGCCCGGCUGGAGCAGGCCCUGUGUCAGGCUGAGGAGUUUCACUCCACUGUUCAUAUCCUGCUGGAGUGGCUGGCUGAGGCAGAGCAGAGUUUGCGUUUUCAUGGCAGCCUGCCUGAUGAUGAGGAGGCUCUGCAGGCGCUUAUCGAACAACAUAAGGAGUUCAUGAAGAAACUGGAGGAAAAGCGAGUGGCACUAAAUAAAGCAACCAAUAUGGGGGAGGCUAUUCUGACCAUCUGCCAUCCAGACUCUAUCACAACCAUCAAACACUGGAACACCAUAAUUAAAGCCCGGUUUGAAGAGGUGCAGGCUUGGGCCAGGCAGCACCAGCAGCGACUGGCCACGGCCCUCACUGAGCUGUUAGCCACUCAGGAGCUGCUGGAGAAUCUGCUGACUUGGCUACAGUGGGCUGAGACCAACCUCAACGAUAAAGACAAGGAACCGCUGCCGCAGGAGAUCGAGGAGGUCAAAGGCCUCAUAGCAGAUCACCAGGCAUUCAUGGAGGAAAUGACCAGGAAGCAACCAGAUGUUGACAAAAUCACCAAGACACACAAAAGGAAGGCUGCUGUGGAGCCCCAAAUCCAGUCCCAGAUCCCUGUGCUUGGCAAAGGAAGAGCUGGAAGAAAACGCUCUCCCACACAAACGAUGUAUGCGUCAGCUACACAGGCGCCCAUUGAAACCAAGAACCCCAGGGUUAACCUGCUGGUCACCAAGUGGCAGCAUGUGUGGCUUCUGGCUUUGGACAGAAGGAGGAAACUCAAUGAUGCCAUGGACAGACUGGAGGAGUUGAAGGAAUUUGCCAACUUUGACUUUGAUGUGUGGCGGAAGCGCUACAUGCGCUGGAUGAACCAUAAAAAGUCUCGCGUCAUGGACUUCUUCCGCCGCAUUGACAAAGAUCAAGAUGGCAAGGUGACCCGGCAGGAAUUUAUAGAGGGUAUUCUCUCCUCCAAAUUCCCUACCAGUCGUCUGGAGAUGAGCGCCGUUGCAGACAUAUUUGACCGAGACGGGGACGGCUACAUUGACUACUAUGAGUUUGUGGCAGCUCUUCAUCCCAACAAGGACGCUUACAAACCACUAACAGAUGCUGACAAAAUUGAAGAUGAGGUUACACGUCAAGUAGCAAAAUGCAAAUGUCCAAAACGAUUCCAAGUGGAGCAAAUUGGUGCCAACAAAUACCGGUUUUACCUUGGAAACCAGUUUGGAGACUCUCAGCAGCUUCGUCUGGUACGGAUUUUACGCAGCACUGUGAUGGUGCGGGUGGGAGGAGGCUGGAUGGCUCUGGAUGAGUUCCUGGUGAAGAACGACCCCUGUCGAGCUAAAGGCAGGACCAACGUGGAGCUGCGAGAGAAGUUCAUCCUCCCAGAGGGAACCACUCAGGUGAUGGCAAGCUUCCGCUACAGAGGCCGGCCAUCAUCCAGAGGAGCUUCUCCCAACAGAUCCACCUCCAGUCAGAGCUGUGCAGUCCCGUCGAACCCAGCAGCGACCAGUACACUCAAGACUCCCCAACACAUAACCCGCAAUUAUGAUAAGCCCUGGCUUACAAACAGCAAACCCUCCACUCCUCUUAAAUCAUCAGACUCCUUUGGGAGCCAAGGUUCAUCCUCAGAGGGUACACCAGUUCAAGGCAGCAAGUUACGUCUUCCUGGGUACUUGUCAGGUAAAGGAUUUCAGUCUGGUGAGGAGGGAACCUUGAUCAGCGCUGCUGUACUGAAAGCUCGAACACAAACAAUAGGUGAGUCGAGAAAAAACUCCAGCCGACCUGGAAGUAAAGCCGGGAGCAGAGGGAGCAGUCGCAGAGGGAGCGACGCCUCCGACUUUGACAUCUCAGACAUCCAGUCUGUGUGCUCAGAUGUGUCCGAGACAGUUGGUGACUCGACCCGGGCAACGUCGCGCUCUGCGUCCCGUCAGCACGGAGGAAAACCCUCCAAGAUCCCCACUCCUCAGAGAAAAACCACUCCUACAAGCAAACUGGCCAAGGGAUCCAAGCGAUAGUCAGUGGCCUUGAAAACAAACAACCCAGGAGCUAGUUGCACCCUAAACACCGGACACUGGAGAUAUCUAACUUAAAAGACUGCAAAUGUGUUGAGUGUUAUUUAAAUUGUUGCAAAGAUGUAAAAUAUUCUGUUGAGAGGCAAUAUGGUUUAAUAUUAUGUGAGAAUGGAAUGUUAAUGGCCUUGUGUAUUUGUUUUUAAUGUAUUUUAUUUUUUUUGUGAAAAAUGUCAAAUUGUUUUUAUUGUAUUUUAUUUUAUUGAUGCGCAACCUGUAGAGGUUUGACGAACACUAGAAAACCCUGGGAUUGACUAUGUUGUACGGUUAACUAACAUUUCUAAACACACUAAUGAAGGGCAACACGUGGAAUAGCGAGAGUUACUGAAUGUACUGUAAUUUAUGUAUGCUGAUGUUUGGAGUAGAUGGUGCAUUAUGGUACCAUUUGAGGCACUGCAAUUAUCUAUUUAAGUGCUAUGAUAUACUGCCAACAUGCAUUUAAAGGGCAAUGCAAUAUACUACAAUAAACCCCAGUAAGCACUGCAGAAACCUUUAAAAAACACUAUUUAAGGCUAGUAGCAGAAACCUCGUAAUCAUGAAGCUUUUAAGUCCUGUUUGUUUGUGAGCAGCUGAAGCCCCUUUGUUUGACCACUUCCCAGCAGUGUGAGCAUUGACCUUGAAGAAGUGCCACUCCAUGUAGACAUUCUCUUGUGCAUCUAUGUCAAUGUAUGGUUAAUUUCGGUAGAGCUGAAAUUGUUACUGUAACAUUACUUUGUAAUAAACCUGCUUGCAGAAAACCACCA